UAUUUAUCUGGGCGUGAGUGGUACAACCAGCAGGCUUCCCGGGCUGUCAAUCAGGCCAUUGGCAGGGUCAUCAGACAUCGCCAAGACUACGGUGCGAUCUUCCUCUGUGACCAAAGGUUCACAACUUGUGAGGUGAGAAGCCGGUUGCCAUCGUGGGUCCGCCCAUAUGUGAACGUUUAUGACAACUUUGGGCAUGCAGUCAGAAGCGUCUCCCUCUUCUUUCGUGUUGCUCAAGAAACUAUGCCCCCGCCCCUGCCACAAUGUCCUUCUGGCUCUGCUGCUUCCCUGAGUGAGACCAAUACGGCCCUAUCUACUUCAUCUGAGCAGAUCCACUCCCUGAAAAAAGCCAAAAACUUGGACGACCAUGUUCCCAGUUUGAAGAGGAAACGACAAGGAAAUGGAGCUGGACCAUCCAGCCUAUGCGUGGAGUAUGAACAAGAGCUCGUGUCGCCUAGAAGACCAUGGAUGGGGCUCUUGAAAGCGUUGGAGCACAACGAGAAGAGCGACAAAGAUGCAGAGGAGGAAAGUGACCUGCCAGGAGAGGAGAAGGCACAACGUCUGUCAACGCUUUCGCUUCAAUAUGAGAAGAGGUUAACAGAUGAGCAGAAAGGAGGAAGGAAGAAGAUAAAGCUAAUCAGCAAUACAGAAGCGAAAAAACCGAAACCAACAGAGCCCAAGAAAGCCCGAGCUGCAGCAUACAUCGCGACGGUGAAGGAGACCCUGAGCCGAGAGAACUACGAUCUCUUCUCUAAGGCUCUCCAGCACUACAAGAGUACAGAUGACUUCCACACUAUGUUGUCCCAGAUGACCUCUCUCUUUACAGAGGAUGAAAAAAACCACGUCUUGUUACGAGAUUUUUACCAGUUUGUUCGACCUCAGCAUAAAAAACAAUUUGAUGAAGUGUGUUGCAAUCUGACUGGAGUGGGCUGCGGCUACAAACCUGAGCACAGCCUCCUGUGGGAAGAGAGGGAGCUGCUGGCCAAGAAAACAGAAGAAAAGCAGAGGCAGCUGAAAACCAAAUUCUCAGAAGACUUGGGUGCUCAGCUAAACCCUAGGCUCCACUUGAACCGGGGAGGAGUCCACUUGAAGACAGGACUGAACAGUGCAGGGCUGAACGCCAGUCGGGCUCGGAGGAAAGAUGCUGAAGAAGCUUCAAGCUCGAAGAGAGAUCCCUACCAGCUCCUCAGCACUUCCUACCUCAACGACGUGAGAAGGGCUUUGGACAAAAGUGCCUACAGCCGUUUCCAUGAAGCGCUGCUGGCUUACAAGAGGACAGAUGACUAUGAUGCCAUGAUAGCAGUGAUAGCAGCCCUUGCCACUGACAGACCAGAAGACUUUCAUCUCCUACAAA